AUGGCGACAGCAAGCAGGAGUCUGACACCCGGUGGCGCGCUUCUCCGGGCGUCACGCAUGUUCUCUCUGCCCUCAGCAAUCCCAUCACCUCCUGGCGACUACCAAGCCGCGACCAGCUACAACUCCGACACCGCGACCGCCGCCUACCCAACUCUACAGACAGUCACGGCCCCGGAAAGCUUCAGACAACGCGGAGACUGGGGCUUCAAAAGAAACUUUCCCCUAAGGUCGACUGCCAAGACCAGCACGCCAUACCUUCGUGUCAAGCAGGUCGACUCGCUGGAACAUGUCACCGACUUCACCUCGGCGGCGGACCACACAUUGUCCUUGGAGAAGUGGCAGGAGAUGAACAUAGCCGUAUCACUCCCACACAAUGCGAAAGCAGAGGGCGUAAGCCUACUGACGAAGAUGGAUGACGCGCUGGAAUCGGUGUUUGAAGACAAGCACGAUUUCACUGCAAUCGACGAUGCUGAAAAGAUCAAUGAGGCCGGACACAAACGUUGGAAGUUUAAAGGCCCCUGGCUUGCCAACCUGACCGAGGGCGAAUUCCAGACAUACCUGAAGAGGGAGGUCCGCGGAAGGAGGGCAGAGUUCCGCCAGUUCUUGCGCCAGCAAAUUGCGCCUGACCUGACCAAGAAAGCGAAGCAGCGCGCCAUGGAUGAGGGACUCGAUCGGGAGAUCCCCGAUGUGCGACCUGAAGAAGUCACGGAUGAGCAGGUUCUCGACUUUCUCCGCGAGGUCCGUGAGUAUCGCCAAGUGCUCUACGACCUUGUUGGAAAAUUUCUCGACCUUGCGCCCCUCGAGCCACCCUACGCGGCAGACCACUUGGGCGCUCUGGCACCGGGUCAGACGAAGCAGAUUUCAAGGCCAAAUCCAUACGCCAGAGAUGGGCCACCAGCAACCCACCCGUCUGCUGGCCUGUCAUAUCUACGGAGCAACGCAUACCUCGAGAACCACCCUGUGUACGGGCCGCAGCAGAAGCACAAGCCCGUCAAGGCCAGAAUCAUGCACCUUGGAACGGGCCAGAACGCAAGUGUUGGAGUUGGUGGCUUUGUCUCGGCAUCUCCCCUUGCCAGAACAGCGUUCAUGAAUAAGAAUGAAAGGCUCGACUUCAAGCAGGCUGGCGGGUCCAAGCUCUGGGUCAACAUCGUGUCCGCCCAGGUCAAUUCGGACGGUCGGGCUGUUGUGAAUAUCGAAGAGGCUGAGCGACAGUCUAAGAUGGUGCAGGAGGAGAUGCAGGGAGAAAGGCAAUUGUACCACCAGGCAGUAGAAAACCCGGUAGAAGAGGCCAUGCAGCUCAGAGUCCCGAGAUCAUCGAAGUCGCUGCGUGGGAAGGCUACCUGGAAGAGCAGCAGCUCAAGUACUUAUGGCUUAGAUUGGGCGGAUGAACCGCGAAAAUCGAAGUGAUGAAGAUCAAGUGGAAGGGUUUAGGCUUGAAGACAACCGUGGGCUGCUCUGAUUUGUUCGAAACCACGAGCGAGACACGAGCACAAAGAUUCUCACCUGUACAAGAAUUUAGAACUAAAAUGGAAUACAUGUAUCAUUGAUGGAC